CAUUUGAUAAUCGAUUAAUCUGCCGAUUAUUACUUCGAUUAAUCGAUUAUUAGUCGGAUAAAAGAGACAAACUACAUUUCUAUCCUUUCCAGUAUUUUAUUGAAAAAAAAACAGCAUACUGGCACCAUGCUUAUUUUGAUUAUUGUUUCUCAGCUGUUUGUACAUGUUGCAGUUUAUAAAUAAAGGUUUAUAAAAAAAUAAAAUAAAAGAUAAAAUAAAAUAUAAAAAAUUGCCUCUGCGCAUGUGCAUAGCAUAUAUCCAACGAAUCGAUGACUAAAUUAAUCGCCAACUAUUUUUAUAAUCGAUUUGAAUCAAUUUAAUUGAUUAGUUGUUGCAGCCCUUAUAUGUAUAUACACACAUCUGCUCAUUGUUAUCCCAUUGGGUUGAGUUUUUCCUUGCCCUGAUGUGGGAUCUGAGCCGAGGAUGUCGUUGUGGCUUGUGCAGCCCUUUGAGACACUGGUGAUUUAUGUAAGCAAACAUUGACGAUGAUGAUGAUGAUGAUGUAGAGCACGAGGAAGUGUUUACAUAUAUCAUAAUAUGACCUCUUUAAAAGACUUUUUGUCUACUGCAGAGGACAUAUCAUUCUUUGGAAACAUCCAGAAAGCCAGCAGGUGAGGAACAAGUGAGAGUGAGACAGGUGGAGUGGGAGCUGAAGAGACAGCAGUGAGAGUGGGAGGUGUGUGUGUGUGUGUGUGUGUGUGUGUGUGUGUGUGUGUGUGUGUGUGUGUGUGUACCCUGCUGAGAACAAAACAAGGAGUGCAGGAAGACCAGCGGGCUGAAUAAGAGGACAGUGGGAGGCGGUCCAGUGGAACAAUGACAUCGCCUGAAGAUGAGGAGGAUGAUGAUGAAGAUGAGGAACAGAAGUAGAAGAAGAAGAGAGAGAGAGAGAAAAGUGCUGAUGGCACAAAUCUCCUCUGCUUGUCACAGUGCAGCCGCACGCAGCAUCCCAAGCACCACUGCGCUGAAGACAAAGUCCCAGGAGGUUCUCCUGAUGGCCCGCCUUGACUUCAGUGGGCAGGAAGAGGCGAGAGGAGCGCACUGACGCGACGUCCAUGGAGACGCGGCCAGCCGACUGCCCAGACGUCCCCCGCAGAAGUUGAACUCCAACACGCCAGACUUUACCCGCCGUCUCCUGGUCCUGGUCCUGGUCCUGGUCUGCCGCGGCGAGCCGCUCCAGCAUGCAGGUGUCCAUCGCCUGCACGGACCACAACCUGAAGAGGGGCAAUGGAGACCACGGCAAGCAGAGCGCCACCAGCCCCGGCGUGGUCAACCAGGCCAGGGCCAAGUUCCGCACGGUGGCCAUCAUCGCUCGCAGCUUCGGAUCCUUCACUCCCCGACACAUCUCACUCAAGGAGUCCACGGGGAAACACACCGGAAUGAAGUACAGGAACCUGGGCAAGUCCGGACUAAGAGUGUCGUGUCUCGGACUUGGUACGUGGGUUACAUUCGGAGGUCAGAUAACUGAUGAGGUGGCAGAGCAGCUGAUGACCAUCGCCUACGAGGGCGGAGUCAACCUGUUCGACACAGCGGAGGUGUACUCAGGUGGCAGGGCGGAAGUGAUUCUCGGAACAAUUAUCAAGAAGAAAAGCUGGAGGAGAUCCAGCUUGGUCAUCACAACCAAACUCUAUUGGGGAGGAAAAGCGGAGACGGAGAGAGGUCUGUCGAGGAAGCACAUUAUUGAAGGUCUUAAAGGGUCCCUGCAGAGGAUGCAGUUGGAGUACGUGGACGUGGUUUUUGCCAACCGGCCUGACAGCAACACCCCCAUGGAGGAGAUCGUCAGGGCCAUGACCUACGUGAUCAACCAAGGUAUGGCCAUGUAUUGGGGAACAUCUCGAUGGACAGCCAUGGAAAUUAUGGAGGCGUACUCUGUGGCCAGACAGUUUAAUUUGAUCCCUCCAGUGUGUGAGCAGGCCGAGUAUCAUCUCUUCCAGAGGGAGAAGGUGGAGAUUCAACUGCCCGAACUUUACCACAAAAUAGGAGUCGGAGCGAUGACUUGGUCUCCGCUAGCGUGCGGCAUCAUCACAGGGAAGUACGAGAACGGCAUUCCGGAAUCUUCCAGGGCCUCCAUGAAGUCGUAUCAGUGGCUGAAGGAGAAAAUAGUGAGUGAAGAUGGAAGAAAACAACAAGCCAAACUGAAGGAACUGAAACACAUUGCAGAUAAACUCACCUGUACUUUACCUCAACUUGCUGUGGCUUGGUGUCUGAGGAAUGAAGGUGUGAGUUCUGUCUUGUUAGGAACUUCCAACCCUGAGCAGCUCACAGAGAACCUGGGGGCCAUACAGGUUCUUCCCAAGAUGACGUCACACGUGGUCUCGGAAGUGGACCACAUUCUUGGCAACCGGCCCUACUGCAAGAAGGAUUACCGCUCCUGAGCCUCAAGACCGGAGCAAACACGGCGUGGACCUCGUGGGUCUGGAGGAGAACCCUCUCUACUUUGGCCUGCUCGUCUUCUAGCGACACACCAGGAACCUGGCAAGCAAAAGUGCCUUGCUCGAGGGCAGCGUGGCAGAGCGACAGUCUCGGUCCACUUGUUUGUGUCGACAUUUUUAGCACAAGCAAACAUGCGUAGGAAGUCCGUUGACAUGCGGGGAUGACGCGAUAGUAUCGUUGUGAGCGUUGUCAUAGCAACACAACUGUUAUAUUUCAGAUAAGUAGACAAACAAUAAGGUGCAUGUUGAAGCUUCCUGUUUGAGCACAUGGUGACAUGUCGCCCUCCUGUGGUCAGAUGAGGAACUGCUGCAAAAUACAAAGCGAACUGCUUUUUAUUUAACGCCUCGCAACACAACCUACAUCGCUAAAUUAAAUCAAAUAUUCUCAUACUGACUGUAAAAAAUAGUUUUAGGCUCUAUGUAUAUAUGUUUACUUUUGUAACAUGAAUAAGAUGUAAAUAUUUAUGGUGAGUUGCAUUAUUUACUUGCUCAUCCUUCUCUUUUACAUCAAAUGUAAUAUAAAAUAGCAACAUGUUAUUUACGUGUGUCUUUUAGUACCACGUGUAGAGAUUUGACUAUGAAUGGUCGCCAUUUACUUAGUUUUAUUCACGCGAAAAAACUGGAGGUUCAUUGGUGUCUGUAUUACUGAGCUUUUAUUUUGACACGGAAUUUGUACGUUCAAAUUACGCUGAUAAUUUUUUUUUUUUUUAAAUGUGAAAAAUUCCGUGUGUUUGAAUGCAAUGUUUUAUAAUUGAGUGUGUAAAAACCUUCGUGCGGAAAACAAUGUUUUAAAACCUCAAAGCAAAGAAAAAGGCGGCCACUUCCGGUAAAUUAUCGAUCGUGUCUGAAUAAACUGCUUCUUUGCGAGACCCGUGUCACGUGACUGCAGCUUGACACCUCAUUGGCUGCUUCCGCGACGGUUGCGUCAGUCUUAAAAUGCCGGAAGUGGGUAUUUAUUUGAAUUUUAUUUAUAAACACAAACUGAAAUUAAAAAACCAAACGAAAAACAGCAAUAACUACUUUUACAAAAACGUAUUUUUUUAUUCUGUUUCUAAUUCCAAGAGUGAAAAUUAUCAGCCAGCAGAAUCGGAAAAAUGUGUAUUUAUAUAAUAAUGCGGAACCGGAAGUUGUUUAAAGCCCGCGGACUGGAUUUUACUUAUUUUUUGGUCCCGAGUUUUAAAGCAAGAAUUAUAAUAAGAACAGUUUUAACAAACAUAGCUAUCAAAUGUUUAUACAAUGAAAUUGUCAGCAUUAUCUGGUGUAAAAAAACAUUGUUUUAAAACCUCAAAGCAAAAAAAAAGGGGCCACUUCCGGAAAAUAAGAUCGUCUGAAUAAUUCUUUGCGAGACCCGUGUCACGUGACUGCAGGCUUGACACCUCAUUGGCUGCUUCCGCGACGAUCGCUUCAGUCUUAACAUACCGGAAGUUAGUGUUUAUUUUGAAACAACUUACAUUGAAAAACAAAGCGUUCUUCUAUUUCAGUGUUAAAACAGUAAUAACUACAUCUACAAAAACGUGUUUUUUUUAAAAUAAUGUUUCAAAUUGCAAAAGUGAAAAUGAUCAGCCAGCAGAAUCGGAAAAAACAUUUUUUUUUAUAACACAUCGGAACCGGAAGUUGUUUUUAAAGCCGCUUACUGGAUUUUUUUUUUUUUUUAAAUUCUAGUUUUAAAGCAACGAAUAUUUAUGUACUAAUUUUUUUAUUUUGACACUGAAUUAUAAAAAGAACAUUUUUAACAAACUUGGCUAACAAAUGUCUAUUCAAUCAAAUUGCCAGCAAAAAAAUAUUCUAACAAAAAAAGUCAAGUGUCCAUAAAAAGCUUCCGUACUAAAAACACCAACGUAACCUCCAGAAAAAUGCAAUAUUUCACUCGCUAGCCUGGAAAAGCAUUGAGGACAUUUUGAUGGCAGAAGAGUUUGUGCCGUGUUGUCAUUUAACUGCGUGCCUUUCAGAGGAGCAAAUAAUCAGGGAUGUUUUUCAUAAAAAUGUGCUACGGUUGUAAUUGGAUCAGAUUUCAGCAGGAUGACGUUCAGGUGGCAAUGACCUUAAUGUUCAUUUAUUUCCACUGUAAAUAUGCCCAAUAAACGCUUUGCCAACGUAAACAUCAGCGAGUGUUGGACUACAUCAGCAUUGAACUCACGUGACCUUUUAUUGUUUUAUUGUUACAAAAAGAGAAGACACCCGGAAGAAGAACCUCCAGAUAUUUGAUCAUGAAUUUCAUGAAAUUGAAAUGUGAUAUUUUCCUCCCGUUUAGUGGAUUUUUAUUCAAGCGGCUUCAUCGUCUACUUGGAGCCGGUGGAGAGCAGAGCGAUGAGUCCUGACGAGGCGCUGAUUGACAGGAUGUAGUUCCUGUGGAGGAGAAGGUGUGUGAGUGUUGGAAGUGUGUGUGUGCUUGUAUUUCUACCCUUCUUGCCACAUGAAGGAGGAAAAGUAUCUUCCAUAUGAGGAGGUGUGAAGAAGUGAUGACAUAAACCAAUAACAUUGCAUCUAAUAGACAAUGUCUCAUUUGUGGUGACAUCUAUCAAAAUGAGGGUGGUCCCAAAAAGGAGGGAUUUUUCACAUUUUAAAAGUGUUCCCCUCUGGUCAACAUAUGAAAUAACAAGUGUGUGAAAGAAAUUGAAAUGCGCCGCCUUUGGCCAAAAUUCCAACAACAAAAAUGAACUAAAAACAGUCUUUUUCUCACAAUGUGUCGACUUUUUUCUU